AUGUAUUCUUAUAAACCAAAAAAUGAUUAAAUUGAAGAGAAAUAAAGAGUUAAAGUAAGUAAAAUAUUUUUGAAUUGUAGAGUUAAUUUUAAAUCAGUAGAAUAGAGUAAGUAAUCUAGGAAGAGAGUGAUAAUAAAUUAGAAGAUGAUAACUAUCUGUUUAGAGAUUAAAAUUAGAAUCCAAAUUCGAUGANCUAGUCUAAGUAAUAGAUUAAAAUAGAUUAGUAGUAGAAUAAGGUUCAAACCAGGAGACAAGUCUGUUUUGGUAUAAGUUAAAAGGAGAGCGUCACUUCAAUCUUUAUACAUUUCCUAAAUUGGAACCUUGAGUUAUACUCUAAAAAAUGAAUCCAUAUAAUAUUUUUGA